CAGCAUAAACGCAAAUUGGGCUGGGGCGAUUUCAUCAGAGCAGGAAUGGAAGGUCGUGAGCUGUUCAAAUACUCGUUCAAGGGCAUUACUAACCAGGAGAGUAAUAACCCCGAGACGGUUGUUGAAGGUGAUAUAUCGACUUAUACACUAGGGGAUGAAAUUGGAGGCGGGACGUAUGCUAAGGUCUACAGGGCUGUGGAGCGAAACAGCAACGCGAUUUACGCUUGCAAGGCUAUUGAUCGAUCCCGCGAGAUGAACAAGCAGGAGAAGGACAGUAUUCCAUUUGAGAUCGAACUGCUGAGAACCCAGAGUCAUAAACACAUUGUCAAGUUCAAGGAUUCAUGCCAUUGGGGGAGUAUGACUUACAUUUUCACAGAGUACAUCAAUGGUGUUACUCUACAUGUAUAUUGUCAGCACCAAAACAACUACCUGACGGAGACCGAGGCCCGCCACAUAUUUCGACAAACAUGUGAGGCGAUCAACUAUCUACACGCAAGGAGCAUCGUGCACCGCGACAUUAAAUCAGAGAAUAUCAUGAUCACUCGUGAGGACGAUGUGGUCAAACUCAUUGAUUUUGGACUCGCCCGCGAUUCCUCCAGUCGGGAAGUUUUGAACACACACUGUGGGACGCGGCCAUAUAUGGCACCUGAAGCCGCAUUGAGCGACGAAAGCAAUGGCUACGGAAAGUGGGUCGAUAUCUGGGCUCUUGGGGUCCUGCUGUUUAGAAUAAAACUACGAGAGUGCAGAUCUUAAACAUCUCAAUGACACCAAAGAGGCAAAACAGGAAAUAAAGACUUUGUCUGGCCAGAAGCGGAGGGACUCCGAGAUCAAUUACAGUGCGGGAUUGCGCCAACGAUAUCAACUAGAUUGGCGUUCACACGUUGACAA